AACCGAAUAUACAAGUUACACCCACAAGCAUCCCCCUGCUCGCGCGCGACCAGCUCUUACUUCGCCGCCGCCGCCGCCGCCGCCGGAGAGAUGGACUCCCGGGGCUUCGAUUCCGCGGGCCGCGAGUUUUCCAGCGCCACGGAGAUGUGGGCGCAAGAGAUCGGCGCCACCACCUCCGCCUCGGUCUCCGAAGUCGCCCCUAGCGCCGCCGCCCCUGCAAGCAAUGGGGACGCCGGCGAGGAGGCGGGCGGAGAAGGCAAGCGCGAGGAGUGGUACUCCAAAGCAAUCGCCUACUGGCAGGGCGUGGAGGCGUCGACCGAGGGCGUCCUGGGAGGGUACGGGUGCGUCAACGACGCCGACGUCAAGGGCAGCGACGCCUUCCUCCGCCCUCUCCUCGCCGAGCGGUUCGGCGCCGCGAAGCGCCAUCUCGUCGCGCUUGAUUGUGGCUCGGGCAUCGGGCGCGUUACGAAGAAUUUUCUUAUCAGGCAUUUCAACGAGGUUGAUCUCGUUGAGCCAGUAGCUCAUUUUCUAGAAGCGGCACGGGAAAAUCUUAGUAAUUGUAUGGAUGUAGAACAUGAUACGCACAAGGCUGUGAACUUCUAUUGUAUACCUCUUCAGGACUUCACUCCUGAGGAAGGAAGAUAUGAUGUGAUAUGGAUCCAGUGGUGCAUAGGGCAACUUACUGAUGAUGAUUUUAUUUCAUUUUUUACCCGUGCAAAGGUUGGGCUCAAACCAGAUGGUUUUUUUGUUCUGAAAGAGAACAUUGCAAAAAAUGGAUUUGUUUUAGACAAGGAGGAUAACAGCGUCACUAGAUCCGAUGCAUAUUUCAGGGAGCUAUUUAACAAGUGUGGAUUGUAUAUCCACAACAUCAAGAACCAAAAGGAGCUGCCUGAGGAAUUAUUUGCUGUCAGAAUGUACGCAUUGGUGACCAGCCAACCAAAGGUCACAAAGAAUGGCAAGAGAGGGCGGUCUAAAAAUAUGCCCCGUGUAAUCCGCUCUUGAAACCACCCAGAUUAAGCACACUGGUGUGCCAGCAUGUUUGUCUGGCGAUGUAUUGUUGUUGACUUGUCUUGAGUUCCUAUCACAGAAAAUUUCAGUCGCACUUUUGCUCGGUGUACAUUUUGUUUUGAACAGGCUGUUUUUUUUCUUUCCUGAGAUUGAAUGCAUUGGUGUCAAAACUUAA